UCAAACACGCACACACCUGUGCAAAUCGAACAAAGCAGAAAAUGUCGCGUUUCGGUACGGUUCGCGGAAAAACUCAUUAAAUUACUAGCAAAGUGCAAGUAGUGGACGAAAAAAUGUGCAUAUGCAGAUUGCCAACCGAUCGUGUCAGUCAGUUGCGGUGAAUUUUGGUGGUUUUAUCAAGUGUUUCGUAGGUAAAAUGUGAUUUGCAUUGUGGCUCUGUUUUUGCGACGAAGAAAAAGUCCUGCAAGCUGUUUCGUGCUCGGCGGGGAUCCAGUCAUUUUCGAAUCUCGGGAAAUGAGGGAUUCAGAGGCAUAAACCUAUCACCCAUCGUUCAAGAAAGUCGCAAGAAAACGCGUAGAAAGUGUUUGUGUGUUUUGAUUGCGAAACAAUCUCAAUCAGUGUGCUCCGAGUUGAACGUAGAAAGUAAGCCGAAAAUAGGUUUUUUAGUGAGUGCAAAGAGUUUUCGUUAAUUUGCGUAAGGUUUCCAGCUGAGUGCGCGACCUUAAGCGGGAGACUGGGUUCCAAUUGAUCAGAAUUUUCCCUAUAGAAUAGAAGGAUAUUAUUCUAGAGUUAUUUUUAAGCUCGUCAAGUGAUUCACCACUCGAAGGAAGAGAAGUGCUUUAGCUCGACGAAAGGGAGCCAAUAAUCGCAUGUUAUAUUGGUGUCGUCGGAUGGUAUAAAAUAGCGAAGAAAUAUAGAAUAAAAUCAAGUGCAGUGUGUUUAUCUGUUUCAACGAAUACAAUCUCAGUGCAAAAAUCAGCAUUGAGCCUGGUUGGUGUUGUUUUUUACAUCAUAUUCAUAUAUACAUACACCUUCCUCCCAACCACGUUUCCACGCCGUGAAAAGAGCGAACAGUGGAAAGUUUCUUCAAUAAAAAGCGAAAUACAAAACAAGAGAAGUGAGCAGACAAACCAGUCAACCAGCCUAGCAGUGGAGCUCGAACGAGCGAGCAGAAAAAAAUCGAACAGCUGAGAAACCUUGAAAUUUAAUUCGUCGGGUUGGUCGGGUCCGGGUGCGUUGGUGAACACCAACAGAGAGAGAAGCAAAAAGGUUAAGAAAACUGCUGAAAAGAAAAUCCGAACUGGACAAACGGGAUAGUAGCUAGUAGCAGCUACGAGAUCGGAUCCAGCCAUACUCUCCAUCAUGCCUUGGUACGCUCCCUGGUCCAAUGUGAUCAAGAAGAAAGUGUGUCGCUUCCUGCUGCAGCGAUACCUCGGUCAGUUCAUCGAGGAGAAACUCAGCUUGGAUCAGCUGAAGGUGGACUUCUACAACGGCACCGGGACGGUGUCCGAUGUGACGCUGUACUGCCAGGCACUGAAUGAUCUCUGCGAAGGACAGGGCUGGGGAAUCGAGGUAAUCUGCGGUCAUAUUGGUGAAGUCACUGUCAACAUUCCCUACGAAGCCCCACUAGCCAAGGACAGCUCAAUAGAAGUGAAAAAUCUGUCCAUCAGUCUUCGCCCAAAAGCCCGAGUAACCGAUGGCACGUCGAUGUUCGAAUCGAUGUGGUCGUCAAUGUCCAGCUCAAUGCAACUAGCACAGGAGUGCCUGGAAAGGGAAGGUGGCUGCGCCGAAUCUCCCUCUGCCGCUCCGACCAAUACCAUCGAAGGGUUGGAGAAGUUUGCACAAAUCAUCGACAACGUGUUGAACCGGAUAAAGGCGCGCCUGGUCAAUACGGAAAUACGCUUGGAAUACCUGCCACCAGACAGCGACUGUGGAGUUGCUCUUAUAGUUAAAGUCAAGAGUAUCGAUUACCAAAAUGAAGCUGGGAAUGACCCUCCCGAGCGCCAAUCGUCGGAUACCGCCAGUGACGACCAGCACGAGCAACGGUCGAAGCAGAAAUCUUUCCUUAUUUCCACACACGCCACACACCACAUCAGUAUGGAAGGUAUCACAUUCUACACGGAGGAAUUCCGGAUACACAAUCCACGACAGCAGCAGCGACGACGACAACAGCAGCAACCGGAGUCCUCCGGGGCCGAUAAUCGUGAAAACAUUAUCACCAGUGAGCAGUUCCUCAGUACGAUAUCGGAUUUACCGGAUCCAACGGCGUCUGGCAAUAGUGCCGAGUUCUAUAGUUAUACAAGCGCUUGUGAUAGUAGUAAUAGUCAUAGUUAUAAACGUACCGACAGCAAAGGCAGCACGAGCGGAGCUCCCUCCGAGGCGGAAGAAGACGAGGACGACGAUUACUUGGAAUGCUUUCCGUCUGGCGAAAUCUUGGCUGGAAAGAUCACAUCGAAGCAGGAAAUUCGGAUCAAAAUGAAACAAGCUGACAAUUUGAGUGGACCAAAUGUUGAGCUGGAGAUGUCCUUGGGAUGUCUGCAACUAUUUCUUUCGCCUCGGCAGUUACACUCCAUUGUAUUGCUAAGCGAUACAUUGCUUGGGUUGAAUGAGAUUCCAGCACCUCCUAAAUGUUCUCCUCCUGAUUUGACACCAAAAGAGCACCGAUAUGAGGAAACGGAAUACGAUUUGAAGCACAACAUAAACCGCAUGAGCGGAGGAAUCGGUUUGAAUCAGGGGUGGUCAUUGGCUGAUCCGAUGCAGACAAUGAUUCAAGAACAAGCCGAAUUUCUGGGGAAUAAUUUCCGGGAAGAUGAAGGUGUAUCGGAAAUGAUAGAGUCGUCGAACAGUUCCAUGACAAGCUCGUUCACUUCGUCUAGUAUGGCUUCCAGGACGACGUCCGCCAGCAGGAGGAGAAUGAUUGAUCCGGAUGCGGAUGCGGAUAUUUCCAAAUUUAAUGUGAGGGUAGCAGCAAUUGCUUUCGUGCUAUUGCAUGAAGAUUUACUUGUGGAGAGUAGUCAAGUCAAUGAAUCACCUUUAAGUGAAGCGAGCGUACAGAAGCUACAAACAAAGUCUGAGCGAUUUUUCCACGCAGUGGGUAACCUGGGACUUGGACUGGGAGCAAAUGACAUUCUGAAUGCGGGACUCAUCAUGGAUUCAGGCUGUGAUAGUAGCCAUUUACGAUUGCUUCUUUCGCCAAUCAUCAUAGAAGGAGACGAGCAACGAAAUCGGCUCGGAUCUGUUCUGCGUUUUUCAAUAUCCAUAGCCCGAGCUGAUCUCCGAGAAGUUUUGCAAGACGUUUCCGUUCCCUUACUGGAGUUCUAUCGGGAUAGAAAAUCAACUGCACUGCCAAAACGACCCGAACUGGGAGUCACUUUCAAACAAACUUGCAAUGCUAUAAAAGGAUCAAGCGGAAAGCGAUUCACUGCACCCCGAAGCGAAAUUCGGUUUUCGCUUGCUCCAUUCCUAACCGAGUUCGACAUCACUAUUCUCGAUCGACUGAGUUCCUUAAUCUAUCAGUCUCCAUUUGCAUCCUACUACAGUCAAUCUACUCCAGUGAAUUCUCCUGCAUCGCCAUCAAACGUGGGACCUACUCGGAAGAUGGAACCAAAAACCGAUCUCUAUAUAGAAUCCCCUGCCAUUGAUUUUCGAUUAAGAUUUCCGAUUCCGGAUCUAAGGCCAAUUCAUGAUCCGCAACGCGUUCCUUGGUGGCGUCGCAACGUCAGAUCGGACUAUAUUCUCGUUAAUUUGCAGCAGGCUCGAGCCAGCAUAGCCAUGAAUCCGCAUCCUCUCUAUGACAUUUCGGCCAACGAGAUUCAGCUCUUCUACCAUGAAAGUGAUCUGAAGAGUGACAGUGUACAUAUUGGCAAAGCUGUGAUGACCGACAAUCCACGUGUGGAAUACCCCAGAAUCGUUAUCGAAAUCCCUAGUGAAGCUGCCAUGCAAAAGCUACAGGAAACAAACACAAAUCCGGAACCGAAUCCACAAAAGCGUAGCAUGGCUUGCGAGGAAAGUGAUAGUGAUCCUACAUCGGGUGAGAGCAUUGGAGUUACGACAGGGCGUAGCAAAGAGGACACCCCAUUCAGUGCAAAACGAGUGUGUCGCGAAAGUGAUACACCGCACAUGAAAGCAUCGGCAGAUGAUCCAGAGAUGCUUACACUGCCCGGUGAUACUGAGGAGCUGAACGCAUUCUGCUCGGCGGCAAUGAAGCUUAGUAAACUGCAGAUACGGAUCGAUUUGCCGGUUGUUAGUUUACAGCUCAAGUCAAAACACCUGUACGAAGUAAUUUACAAUCGCAUCAGCACGGAUCUUCUGCUCUGGGAACCGACUGCACCGGCGGCUACAGCGGCAGCGGAAGCCAGUGCCAAUAUUAGUGCUUCAAGGGUGGCAUUUCAGGAACCGCCGAUCAACCUCGCCAACAUGGGAAUGAUGGACAGCAUAUAUGCUCCGUUUACUAUGUGCCAAAGUGCUAUACAGCUCGAUUCCAGCUCAUCAGCCACCAAUUCGGAAUCUGAGUCAGAUUCGGACGGGAUAUUCUAUUCAGUUUACGAUCGCAGCUGUAGACGUUCACCGGGUGAAGCAUCUGGAAGCGGUGGCGGUGGUAUUGGGGCUGGUGAUCAACGGAAACAGCAUCACGCGGCACAUCGGCAUCAUGGGGGUACUCGCAGGCACCAGCAGCAGCAUCGUAAAGCAUCGUUUGUCGACAGGAGUAAUGUCAUAUCAUUUCAACUGAAUAUUGGAAAAGGCAUGCUGACCAUGUUCGCGCCUGUGAGGGAUGCACAAAACCACGUGAUACCGGGUCAGCUAGGAGAAUUCGUCAUAAAAAUUCAGUCUACCUACGUGUUCUCAGUGAAUGGCUUUCAUGGGAACACAAACCUAGGCUAUCUCUGCAUACAAGGCAAAGCAGCUGACAUCUAUCAUUGUGGUUUGAUUCCAACACCGGCAAACAAUCCGCCGCUCCGGCUUGUGAACAGUGUUCUCCCGGCUUACAUUCUCAGCACUCUCUAUCCCACCCCGAGAAACCUUACCGUGAAUGAACAGCGUGGCUGCCCCAAUCGGGAAAUGUUCUCUCUAGCUAUCCAAAUCAAAGCCCUGCCAGAGCAGAGUAUCAAACGGAUUCGUAUGACGGCUGGAAUUCAGCUCACCACCCUGCGUCAUCACUCUACUCUUCCACAGCAUUCGUGGCUAACGCAGCUGAUCGAUAUGUUCGACGUUGUGGACUACCCGGUCCAGGGCUACUCGCCGCUGGGAGUUAUCACUGAAAUGCAUUUGCAUCUGUGGGAUUGUGCGAUAGAUUACCGGCCGCUGUAUUUCCCAUAUCGAGCAGUAAUCACUAUUGGAUCAUUCAUGAUCAGCAGCAAUAUAACGACAGAAAGCUCUGGGUUGACUUUGAGGUUCAUUGCAGAGGAUGCAGCGAUGUGUUUGGCGCCUCAAGUUGUAACAAUGCCCAAUAUUGUUGGCGACACACCACAGAGGAAAAGCAGCAGUUCCAGCACAAGAGAGGACAACAAGAUUACUGUUUUGCCUUCCAGUGAGCUUGUUUGCUUGGUUGAGGUUGGAUUGUUUGAGAUUUCGCUCCGGUUGAAUGAAAAAGCCACCGGUUCUUUCCCCAAAUUUGAUCUAAGAGCUGCCAUGAAUGAUGUUCAUGUGAGGACAUGUGCAGAUUCUGGAAGGGCACUUGCGCAACUGAUUGGAUACCUAGCGGCAGAAGGUGAUCUGUUACCGCAGGAUGAUGGAGCCAGUGAUGUUGAGGAUAAUGAGAGUGUGUGCGGUUUACCGAUGGGGAACGAACAAGAAGCAGAUUUGGUUCCGGUGAAGCCUCCCCAAGCGCCAGAAGUCACACCCAAGCAGCAGCAACGAGUGAACUCUUUGAUGGCCGAAGCGAUGGAGGAAAGCAUGUCACUUCAAAGUAACAAUAGUGACCUCUCACGAGAUGAUCAGUUGUUGGCGGACGGGGAAGGUGUUGAAGUAUUUUUCUUCCCAGAUGAAGAUCAGACACGAGCUGCUGCUCAGAAGAAGUUGGCUAACAAUCUAAUUUCCGAUAACAGUAAUAAACGUCGAUUCGUUUCGGAUGACGAUUCUCUGAGUAUCGACGAAGGUUCAAGUAUUCCCUCGUCGUACCAGGAUGAUGAUCAUUAUCUGAAACCGCGGCAGUUCGAUGAAACUUCGGAAGACAACGUAAGUUACACCACUGAUGUGCGUGAACUACUCAACUUUGAAUGUUCAGUAAUGGGAUUACAAAAGGAGCAUGACGACGAUGAAGUAGUCGAGGCACUUCCACAAGUUACAAUGGAUCUUGGAGAUGUUUCAAAGCUUGCAAACAAAGUGGACAAAAGUCCCCAGCGAAAAGUAAGUUCCGAUACGGAUGACGACUUCUGUUUCAUUGCUGACGAAGAAAAGCCUCAUUGCGGUAAUCAGGAAGUGCCAGUGCUGGAAGACCCUAUCCGCAUAAUCGACAAUCAUUUCAGUGUUCCCAGUGGUAAACCUGAUCUGCUGUUGGCACCGAAAGGGUUUCCCAUGGCUGUUACUCGAUACACCAUUUGCGAGAUGACGGUCACUUGGCAUCUAUAUGGAGGACACGAUUUCACCACCGAGGAAGAUAAAAAGAAACCAAAACCAAAAAAGUCGAACACUGAGCACACAUUUGCCCAUCUGCCCAUGUCAGAAGCAUACAAAAGUGGCGUCAGCUACUCCAAAGGAUCACCCUCGGUAACCUUCGGACCGAUUCCGGCUCAGAAGCUUACGUGGAAAAGUCGCGGUGGUCCCGAACGGAGACACGACGUAAUGAUGGAAAUCCAGAUAAGCAAGGUAAAGUUCUCGCAUGAGGUGUAUCCGCCGAACACGGAGCAGGCCUCCCGGCAAGUACUUCUCAUAACGGACCUUGAAAUACUCGACCGCCUAGCAAUAUCGGACAUCAAAAAGUUCCUCUAUCAAACGAGUCUCCAUCGGCCCAACAAAGGCAAUAACCACAUGAUUGUCAUCAAAGCUCUUCACCUUCGGCCAAAUCCCAUUCUGCAAGCGCAAGAGUGCUGCCUAAGGAUCUCUAUUUUACCUAUUCGGCUGAACAUCGAUCAGGAUUCUCUCCUCUUCAUGGUAAACUUCUUUAACCAACUUGGCGGUGGAGACGAUUUGAACGAUCCGGCAAUGCAGUAUCAACACACGUCAGCCAAUCGUAGGUCCAGUCAAACAACGCCCUCCCAUCAACCCCCGGUGAUGAUGGUCGAGCUACCAGAGGCGGCCCAAGAACUACAAGCUCGCAAAAUGGUAUCGGAAAAUCUAAUGCUACUAAUCGAGGAAGAAGAAAAGAACAAGGAACAGCAGGAAACAACCAGUGAAAUGGGCGACGAGGCACCUCCAAUCUAUUUCCGGAACGUCAUCUUCGGUCCAGAUGUUCCCAUUCGCAUCGACUACCAUGGCAAACGGGUGGAACUGUCGCGUGGACCAUUGGCCGGCCUGUUGAUGGGACUUGGACAGUUGCAGUGUUCUGAGAUUCGCCUGAAGAAAAUAUCCUAUCGGCACGGAUUGUUGGGCGUUGAUCGACUGAUUUCGUUCCUCCUGCAAGAGUGGCUGCAGGACAUCAAGAAGAAGCAGCUACCGAAGAUUCUUGGAGGCGUUGGACCGAUGUAUUCGCUUGUCCAACUAUUCCAAGGCAUUUGGGAUCUGUUCUGGUUGCCAAUCGAGCAGUAUCAAAAGGAUGGUCGCAUCGUGCGAGGCCUGCAAAGGGGUGCUCAGAGCUUCACCGCCCGGACAGCGCUAGCCGCUCUGGAAAUCACCACUAGGAUUAUUCAUCUUCUUCAGAUUACGGCUGAAACUGCGUACGAUAUGGUUUCUCCGGGACCGUCGGUGCGUCGGGGUCGUGGCAAUAAAAAGGGAAAACGGAAACGACUGCACCCGCCACAAGACAUCCGCGAAGGGAUGUCCAAUGCCAUACAGAUUGUCCGAGAGGGUAUCAGCGAAACUGCCCACAACUUGGUCGAGCUCACUGCCCUGGAACACGACCAGAAGGGUUACACCGGUGCCGUAGGAGCGGUAAUGCGACAAAUCCCACCCAUCGUAGUGCAGCCGAUCGUACUGGCCACGCAAGCCACCAGCAACGUGCUCGGUGGAGUCAAAAACCAACUAGUGCCAGACGCCCGCGCAGAAGCCCGCGAAAAGUACAAGGACGAUGUGGAAUAGGUGCGCCUCUUUGUCCAGAUGUUCUAUUUUAUAGAAAAUUGACACUAAUUUUAGAUUUUUUUUUUGUGAUUUUAUCGGACCUACGCUGUUCUAGAACGAUAGGUUCCAUGUUUAUGAUUUUGUUUUUCAAACAUAUAAUUUUAAGUUGAUUUAGUUGAAGUCGAUUUAGGAUCUACUUACCCGGUUUUUAGUGAAACGAAGAAAAUAAUGUGAUAAACAGUUAAAUAAACAAUAUACUAUAGCAGCUAAAUUGUGUAUCGAAAGGAAUACGCAAUCUGUAACGUAAGUCGCAUGGAGUUCAAUACUAACUUUUUCGGAAGCAGGUUUUCGACAGAAUGAGAUAGUUUGUCAUCCAAAAAUAAAAUUAGCACCAACUAACUAGUAAUUCGAUAUGAUAGAUGAUAAAUCUCUCUACAAGCUUAUAUUUCAAUUUGAUAAACUUUCAAUCUGAUAAUACUUCUGAGAAGAGUUCCAUCUCUUGUCUUCUAGGUUAUUGUAUUGCGAACUAAUAAGAGUUAUCAAUAUUUCUACACAAUUUAGAUCUUACUAUAUAUAUCCUCUCAGAAACAAAAACUAAUCUGAUCGAAUCGGUAAUGAUAGAAAUUGACAAGUUUUCCCGAGAGUGCAGGAAUGGUUGUUAUGUCUCUUCUGUCAGUCAUUUAUUGAAGAACAUAAUUUUGAGAAUGAAUGAAACCACGUGCUAGACAUAAUUUAACUAGAGAGCAAUGAUUGUGAGUGAACGUAGUUAACCGAAAGGAUUCGUCUAACUUAAAACCUAUAUUCGAUAAUAAGUACAUUUAGUAUGCAUCGAUAGAGUUGAGGAAUUAUUGACGAAAAAUAAAUACACCGCCGAAGCCUAAAGACUUGACGAGUUCUACAAA